AUGGGUGGAGAAGCUCCGCAUAUCGUCCCCACUCUGGCCUCGCGGUCGCUGCCACAGCUCGCAGAGCGUCCAGUUGGGCAGCGAAUCAAUCGAAUCUACACGGAACGCCUUCGCCAGUUCACUGCAAAUGGCCAGUACGAAGGACAGAAUCUAGUGUCCAAGUACUACGAGGCCGUGGUCUCCGACGAGGAGCACGUCAAGCUGUCCGUGUAUUCGGUCCCAGAUCUGGAGCGCCCGACCUUUGACGAUGCCACCUCCCAUGACUUCAGACCGACCAAGGUGGGCGAGUCGUUUGGCCCCAGCUGGUCCACUCAUUGGUUUCGAAUCCAUUUGACGGUGCCCUCUCACUUGCUCAAAAAAGAACGUUUGGAGUUUCACUGGGAUGCCAACAAUGAGGGAAUGGUCUGGACCAAGGAAGGACAUCCCUUACAAGGACUGACCGGUGGUGGAGAGCGAACUGAAUGGAUCCUCCCCGAUGCCUGGCGUGAUGGCGAGACUCACGUCUUCUACAUCGAAAUGGCAUGCAAUGGCAUGUUUGGUAACGCUCCGGGAGGGGAUUCUAUUCAGCCACCAAAUCCCAACAAAUACUACCAGCUCAGCAAGGCACAGAUUGUGGCUGUCAAUUUGGAGGCCCGGGCCCUCUACUAUGACUUUUGGAUCAUCGGGGAUGCUGCUCGUGAGUUUCCAGGUGAUUCUUGGGAAGCCCAUCAAGCCAAUGUGGUUGCCAACGCAAUGAUGGACGCUUUCAUUGCGGGCGAUGGGAGUCAAGAAUCAAUCAAGGAGGCCCGAAAAAUUGCACAGGAAUAUCUCGGUGACGCAGUGGAUUCAUCCGACGUCUACGCAGAAGAUACGGAUCCAUAUGUCUUCGCCAUUGGACAGUGUCACAUCGACACCUGCUGGCUUUGGCCAUGGGCAGAGACCAAGCGCAAGGUUGCGAGAUCGUGGUCCAACCAGUGCGACUUGAUGGAUCGUUAUCCAGAGCACCGAUUUGCUGUAUCACAAGCUCAGCAAUUCAAAUGGCUCGAGCAGUACUAUCCCUCCGUCUUUGACCGUGUGAAACGUUGGGUUCGCAAGGGCCACUUCCAGCCAAUUGGUGGCAGCUGGGUCGAGCACGAUACAAACAUGCCGAGCGGCGAGUCGCUUGUUCGCCAAUUCCUUUAUGGGCAGCGAUUCUUUGAGAGCCGAUUCGGCAAACGGGCGACUACCUUUUGGCUGCCAGACACAUUCGGCUAUUCGACGCAGAUUCCUCAAAUUUGCCGACUCGCUGGCAUGAGCCGUUUCUUUACACAGAAACUGAGCUGGAACAACAUCAACAAUUUUCCGCACACCACCUUCCAAUGGGUCGCGCUUGAUGGUAGUCAGGUCAUGUGCCACAUGCCUCCAUCAGAGACCUACACGGCCGAAGCUCAUUUCGGCGACGUUAAGCGCAGCAUCACGCAGCACAAGUCGAUGGACCAAGACAAGACCUCCCUGCUAGUUUUUGGCAAAGGAGAUGGUGGUGGUGGUCCAACUUUCGGUCAUCUGGAAAAGCUUCGUCGAUGCCGCGGUUUGAGCGAUAGAAUCGGUUCAUUGCCCAGGGUCAAGAUGGGCGACUCGGUAGACGACUUUUUUGAGAGGCUGGAGCAAAAGGCUGCCAACGGUACCAAUUUCGCGACAUGGUACGGCGAACUGUACUUCGAGCUGCAUCGCGGUACCUACACCACUCAAGCAAACAAUAAGCGGAACAAUCGCAAGUCCGAGUUCUUGCUUCGAGAGAUUGAGCUUUUGGCCACCCUGGCCACUAUUCGUGGCUCUGACAAGAAGUACAAGUAUCCGAAAAAGGAAAUCGACAUGAUGUGGGAGGGAACCUUGCUCUGCCAGUUCCAUGACUGCCUUCCGGGUAGCUCCAUUGAAAUGUGCUACGACGAUUCUGACAAGCUCUAUGCUGAGAUAUUUGAAACGGGGCAAAAGCUACGCAAAGAAGCUCUGGCUGCCUUAGGAGUCUGCAAGAAGCAGGCGCUAAUGGCACUUAACACGCUACCAUGGCCCCGUUCGGAAGUAGUCAAGGUUCCUGCAUCCUUGAUAGCCUCUCACGGCUCCAAGUAUGCUUUGGUUGACGGCUCGACGGGCUUGAUCCAAUGUAAACCUGUGCAGUUGAGUGCCACAAACCGAGCAAUUGUGUCCGAAGUCCAGCCUGGCGUUUUCCGUUUGCAGAAUGGCAAGCUCAAGGUCGAUAUUCAGGACGGCGUUAUCGUCUCCCUCUUUGAUGUCGAUGCCCAGAGAGAGGUGAUUCCAAAAGGUGGAAAGGCUGGGCAGCUUGUUAUUUUCGACGAUAAACCAUUGUAUUGGCAGGCUUGGGACGUGGAAGUUUUCCACUUGGAGUCACGGAAAGAGCUCAAAUCAACCAAGACUGCUAUCGCUGAGAAUGACCCCAACCGCGUCAGUGUUGUGACCGAAACCAAGAUCAGUGACAAGAGCUGGGUGAAGACAACGAUUAGUCUCUCAGCUUCUGUCUCAUCGGAUCCGUCGCUGGUCGAAUUCGAGAGCGAGAUCGAGUGGCAUGAAACGAUGAAGUUCCUCAAGGUUGAAUUCCCUGUUGAUGUGACCAACACGGAGGCUUCAUACGAAACUCAAUAUGGUAUCGUGCGACGUCCGACUCACUAUAACACAAGCUGGGAUAUGGCCAAGUUCGAGGUUUGUUGUCACAAGUGGGCUGACCUUUCGGAGUACGGCUACGGCGUCUCCAUUCUGAAUGAUUCCAAGUAUGGCUUUGCCACCUGCGGGAACCUGAUGCGACUUUCUUUGCUUCGUGCUCCCAAGGCACCAGACGCUCAUGCGGACAUGGGUCGACACCACAUCCGAUACGCCAUGCUUCCUCACUCUGGUAAUCUUGAUGUCCGCACCGUGCGAGCUGGCUACAACUUCAACCACCCCCUACUUAUCGAGCAGGGAGAUGCCGAAGCUUCAAAGUGCAAGGCCGCUUUCAGUGCUUUGUCGGUGCAAGGUAAUACAUCCAUCAUCAUGGAUGCUGUCAAACGUGGCGAAGAUGAUGAGGAUGUUUCCACGGGUGGACUUUCGACACGCCCAGGUCAGAGUAUUAUCCUGCGUGCAUAUGAGUCCAUGGGUGGUAAAGCUCGUGCCUCGAUUCAUAGCUCGCUUCCUAUCAAGCGUGUUUGGAAGUGCAAUAUUCUCGAGGACGACCAAGAAGAAUUGAAGAUUGUGAAGGCCAAGGAUACAACAGUCACUGUGGACGUUGAAUUGAGAGCGUUUGAGGUCGCAACCUAUCGUCUGCAACUUUGA